AUGACAGCUUUUGAUUUAGUGUUGGCUGUAGCAAAACAUCAUCAUAAUUGUGAACAAGUAUUUCUCCGGAACAGAGAUGAAAAGGAAGAAUCCAUUGGCAGACCAUCUGAUCAGGUUCAGGAGGAAGCUUUCAUGAAAUUUUGUGCUUUUCUUGAUGCGAAUGAUGAAUACAAUUCAGACCUACAGCUGUCAGCGGGAGCAGACUAUAUAAAAGCUUCGUGGUUGAAGGAGUUUAAAGCGACCUCCUACAGUAUCAACUGGACACCCAAAGAUCACGGCGGGACGUACACUAUGGACGGUGGUAACAAUAUUAGCUAUACGAUCACAGACCUUCAGCCGUGUACUGACUACACUGUCACUGUCCAGCCGAUGAAGAACAGCAGUAAAGAAGGCCUGCCUCUUACAGCGACUACAACAACAACCAUCGCUGACCCUGAUCCGAAGCUAAAGGUCGUCACGGUGAAAAGUCAGUCCUCCACUCAGCUGUUCGUGAACUGGACCGCGGCACAAGGCGUUGGAAACUGUUGCGUCACCUACCUGAUCACCUGGGGGCCCGCCAGUAAGGCUCAUGGUGGUGGUUCAGCUACCACCACCUCCUUGAACUACUCCAUCACCCAGCUGGACACCUGGACCAUCUACCACGUGUGUGUGGCCGCCCAGACUCGUACAGACUACAAUAAGGACACAUGUGCCGACGGAAGGACAGACGAGGACGCACCAGGACCUCCAGUCAUCACGUCUGUGGUGUCAUCCUCGUUCUCGUCAAUAAGAGUAUCAUGGAGUUCCCCAGAAAACCCCAACGGCAUCAUCACCAAGUAUAAUGUUAGCUGGACCUGGGAGGGGAAUAAAGACCAUGACAUAACCAAUGACACCACCACCAGCUGCACCAUCACCGACCUGACUCCCUGUACCAACUACAGCGUCACCGUCACGGCUACUACAAGCAAAGGUUAUGGUCCAGAGAGUAAGGCAGCAACUGGAACAACUCAUAGUAAAGACCCUGACCCAGUCACUGGCGUCAACGUGAACAACUAUACAGACAACUCCACUCUGCUGGACGUGAGCUGGUCGGAGGUACAAGACGUCGGCAACUGUGACGUCACCUACAAGAUCACCUGGAGUCCCGCCAGUAACGGUGAUGGUAGUAAUACAACUACUACCACCUCGCUGAGUUACAUCAUCACCCAGCUGGAGGCCUGGACCACCUACCACGUGUGUGUGGCCUCCAAGACGAACAGUAGCUACACUAGUGGCACAUGCAUGAAUGGCACAACAGAGGAGGACACACCAGGACCUCCAGUCAUCACGUCUGUGAUGCCAUUCUCGUUCUCGUCAAUAAAAGUAUCAUGGAGUCCCCCAGAAAACCCCAACGGCAUCAUCACCAAGUAUAAUGUUAGCUGGACCUGGGAGGGGAAUAAAGACCAUGACAUAACCAAUGACACCACCACCAGCUACACCAUCACCGACCUGACUCCCUGUACCAACUACAGCGUCACCGUCACGGCUGCUACAAGCAAAGGUUAUGGUCCUGAGAGUAAGGCAGCAACUGGAACUACUGAUAGUAAAGACCCUGACCCAGUCACUGGCGUCAACGUGAACAACUAUACAGACAACUCCACUCUGCUGGACGUGAACUGGUCGGAGGUACAAGACGUCGGCAACUGUGACGUCACCUACAAGAUCACCUGGAGUCCCGCCAGUAACGGUGAUGGUAGUAAUACAACUACUACCACCUCGCUGAGCUACAUCAUCACCCAGCUGGAGGCCUGGACCACCUACCACGUGUGUGUGGCCUCCAAGACGAACAGUAGCUACACUAGUGACACAUGCAUGAAUGGCACAACAGACGAGGACACACCAGGACCUCCAGUCAUCACGUCUGUAGUGUCAUUCUCGUUCUCGUCAAUAAAAGUAUCAUGGAGUCCCCCAGAAAACCCCAACGGCAUCAUCACAGAGUAUAAUGUUAGCUGGACCUGGGAGGGGAAUAAAGACCAUGACAUAACCAAUGACACCACCACCAGCUGCACCAUCACCGACCUGACUCCCUGUACCAACUACAGCGUUACCGUCACGGCUGCUACAAGCAAAGGUUAUGGUCCAGAGAGUAAGGCAGCAACUGGAACUACUGAUAGUAAAGACCCUGACCCAGUCACUGGCGUCAACGUGAACAACUAUACAGACAACUCCACUCUGCUGGACGUGAGCUGGUGGGAGGUACAAGACGUCGGCAACUGUGACGUCACUUACAAGAUCACCUGGAGUCCCGCCAGUAACGAUGAUGGCAGUAAUACAACUACCACCACCUCGCUGAGCUACAUCAUCACCCAGCUGGAGGCCUGGACCACCUAUCAUGUGUGUGUGGCCUCCAAGACGAACAGUAGUUACAGUAAUGACACAUGCAUGAAUGGCACAACAGACGAGGACACACCGGGGCCUCCAGCCGACACCAGGAUACAUUCUGAAACUUCACAUUCCUUACUGGUGGCAUGGAAACCCCCUGAGAAGCCCAGAGGCAUCAUAACAAAUUACACUGUUACCUGGAACCCGUCGAGCGUGAACGGUAAUAACAGUGAUCAUGUUAAUGGGAACAUCACUCAUUACAAUAUCACCAGUUUGGAGGCAUGUAUCCCUUAUAUUAUCAAAAUCAAGGCCGCAACUAUCAAAGGUUAUGGUGACCAGUAUAUUGAAGCCAAUGGUACUACAAGUGAUAAACCUCCAGAAGCAACCCAGAAGGUCACUUGUGACCCGCCCACCAUCCCUCGCUACUUGACAGUCUCAUGGUCCACAAUCAGGUCAAGUUGUCCAGUACGAAGGUAUUCAGUAAACUACACUGGCCGCGUAUUGUGGUCACACAACAACACACACGACUCACGAUGCACAGACUCCAUAUAUGUGGACCUGAAGAACUUAACAUCUUGGACGACUUACAACGUGUGUGUAGCUGGAGUGAUUGCCAAUGACAUUGUUGGUGCCUGGAACUGCUGCCAGGCCACUACUCUGGAGUCAGAAACGAGCAGUCCUGUAAAACCAUUGAAAACGGGAUAAAAACAAAACAAGAUGGCGGCCAUUCAAUGUUGUGCCAUAUCUGGGGUGGCUCGUCUUCUAUCCAACUGUUAGAUAGGGUGUAAUCAAAGGCAUUUCAUCUUAUGAACUCUCCUCCCUUAGUCAAUAAUCUCUCUUCUCUUUCUCUUCGACACAAUGUUGCUUCACUCUCUCUCUUUUACAGGUAUUUUAACGGGCAAUGUUCGGUGGAUUUGACAUCCUGUGUACCGCCGGCAGGACAAGGGCGCGCAAUACUUAUCUUGCCCACGGUGAACACCAUUUUUGUGUUGAUGUCGGUCACACUAGAAUAAACCGUUAUUGUACACUCGGAAACCAUUCUCUAGCCCACCUGGGUUGGUGCUGGAGGUCAGUACAGCGUCUUUUCUGGACGGGUGCCCACUCUAACUAUCACGCGGCAACACAUGCACGAACUUUAACACAGUCAUAGUACGGCUGCAUAGAUAAUAUUAUGUAUAAAUAGUGUAUGUGGCAUUUUAUACCCUGCAUUAUCUUCAUUAUAAAUGAACACGAAGAAAAAAUUACCAUAUGUUGUAGUUACGAAUAGGUAAUAGGUAACACUUUUAAGUUCAGUAUUUAUAGAAAACCAACUAAUGUGUGUUCAUACAUUCAUUAUUAUUCU